AUGGGCAAUGUCGGUCAAUGUGGUCAAUGUGUAGAUGACCAGUGAUGUUUUAGUGUUUGUUUCGCAUUCUUAAUUUCGUGUUUUGUAGAGUUAUCAGUCCUUAAUGGUUAAUGAUCUUGAGUGAAUUGAAGUGACAGAUGCUUUCAUCUGUGUUGUUUGGAAAUAAAUUUCUGCAGAAAUAUUCUCUCCCAUUGAGACAUGUAAUAAAUUCAUGGUACAAGAAUAAUAUUUGCCCAUAUUCCUGCAGUAGUAUUCAUAGCACUAAAUCACCUAAUCAACAGUCAAAGCAUUGUUGGAAGCUUUAUGACUUUUGUGUAACACGGGAAUAUGCAGUAAUGGCAAAUACAGAGAAUUCUGGCCUAUUACUGAAUGAUUUGAUUGCAAAAUUAGAUAGUUUUGCUCCAAAAUCUUUGGCUGAAUCUUGGGAUAAUGUGGGACUUCUGGUUCAGCCAAUGACAGAGAAGAAUGUUAAAAGGAUUCUUCUCACCAAUGACUUGACAGAGGAUGUGAUGGAAGAAGCUGUAAAAUUGUGUGCUGAUCUGAUUAUCUCUUACCAUCCUCCCAUAUUUGCGCCAUUGAAGUCAGUCACAGGAAGAACAUGGAAGGAGCGUAUAAUUGGUACUUGCCUUGAGAACAGAAUUGCAGUAUAUUCCCCUCACACGAGUUUUGAUGCUGUAUCUGGUGGUGUGAAUGACUGGCUGGCACGUGCAUUUGAAACAGAAUCACUGAAACCUUUGAUACAAAGUUGUUCAACUGACAGUGGCUCUAAACUUUAUCAAGUGGAAAUCACUGGCCCCAUAAAUAAAUCAUCAGCAUCAGAAUCUCUUAUGGAUCGAAUAAGAGAACAAGUGGAGAAGAACACCAGAGGCACUCAGGAGGAGCUAGUUGGUGAUAUUUCUGUGUCAUGUGGGGAACUGAAGCUGACUGUUUCCUGUUCAAAAUCAUCUGUGCCAUUAUUGUCGGAGAUCUUCCACAGUAAUGUCCAUAAGACAGACAAAUUGCAUUUCAGAGUUUCGAAGUUUGAAGGUGGUCCACUGAAUGGUGUUGGAAUGGGGCGAUUAUGUUGCCUUAAAGUACCUUUACAAUUAAUGAAAGUGGUGGAACUUGUGAAGGAGCAUCUGAACUUAAAGAAUGUUAGACUGGCAUUGGCAAGACACAAACAUAUGGGUUCUCUGAUCUCUACUAUUGCUGUUUGUGCUGGUUCUGGGUCAUCAGUUCUCAAGGAUGUGAAGGCUGAUCUUUAUCUGACAGGCGAGAUGCAGCAUCAUGAUGUUCUGGAUGCUGUACACAAGGGAACCCAUGUAAUACUUUGUGACCACAGCAACACAGAGAGGGGUUAUCUCAAAAUAUUUGCAGACAAACUAGCUACAGAAUUAUGUGGUGGAAAUGUUGAGGUUGUGCUGUCUCAAGCUGAUAGAGAUCCGCUUCAAAUAAUAUAAAGUAGACAUACUUUGUGUUGAUGAAAUAAAGAUUUUCUAUAAACCAUUUGGAUUAAUUUUGAUAGAUAAGGGCCUACUUUCAUCCAGUAUGUGAUAUUCACAUGGUUAUAUGUGUUUACCUUCCCUCAAGUAAUUGAAUUGUCUGUUCUUUUUUAUUCCAUUUUCAUUCUUAUUCCUUCCCAUGCUAUCAUGAUCUUCAACAUAUAUUUAUAUUUUUGGUACUUAAAAACACAUGCAUGCAGUGAAUGGUUCAAUGGUUAGGAUUUCCAAUUUAUAUUGGGAGGUCUUGUAAUAGGAUUCUUAGCCCAAAUGUGGUUAUCCUCACUUAAGUUUUGAAUUAUAUUUUUUCUCUAGCUGCUCCAGCGAAAUACUGGAAUAUGGGUUGAACGUGUGCCGAUCUUAAAUUUCCGUUGAAGCUUUAGGGCAGUUUAGGGCGUUGUCUCAGUAAGACUGCAUAGUGAAUGAUGAUAUGUGUAUGCCAUUGAGGUAUGUUCUCAAAUUAAUUAGAUUAAUUAGUAAGUAGCGACUUUGAUUUGAUGUUGUGAAACGAGAGUUGACAUUUACGCAUGAAUUUACAUCUGUGUGUUACUUAUGUAUAUGGAUUAUGCUUACUACGCCCAGUGAAAUUAGAAACAAACAUGAUGUCAGUGUUACUACAAUACUUCAUCCAAAUCGUAUUUCUGUAUUUUAAGCAUCUUUUGGUGUAGCCUAAAGAAGGACCGCAGAAUCUAAAGAAAGUGAGAGUGUACUGUGAUUCUGUUACAAUUUUUGUAGUGUUUCUUGCAGUAUAAAUGGGAAGGAAAAAGAAGUGUUCUGCUCCAAGAUGCAUGUCUUCCAUUGAGGAAACUGGAAUGAUAUUCUUCAAUUUUCCCAUGGAUUCAGCAUGGGCUAUGGUAUGGGCAGGAAGAGUUGGGUUGUCCUGUACUACUGAUUCUGCUAGAAUGCUGCACAAUAAAGUUCUGUGCAACAAACAUUUCUCUGAAAGUGAUUUCACUACAGCUUAAAGGAUACACCUUAACAGAUGUUCAGCAAG